AAGCACUUUCUUCUAACACUAAUAUUGCUGCUGGAAUUCAGUAUAAAGUAGCCACAGACUUCUAAAAAGAACAGUUUCUUUGUGUUAUUAUGGAUUCUGAACAUAAAAGGGAAAAGAGGCUGCGUAGCUCUUUUCAUCCGCCAGGGGUAGCUGAGAGGGAACGACAUCAGCACUGCGGCAAAAUGGACAGCUCCACCAGCAUUUCUUCUAGCCUAAUCCUGUUAAAUUUUAAUGGUUAAAAAUCAACUAGGAAUACGUGCCGCAAGAGUAGGGCGUGAAAGUAGGUCCAUAAACACGUUUUUUUAACGUUCUUUUUACUGACUGUGCAACCAGCUGCCUUUUAUUCUCCAGUUGUCGAUUUCUGUUCUGCCUUCUUGGAUUUUAUCUAAUGGGAUCCUAAACGCCGAUUAGGCUGCUCUCGUUUAUUCUGAGAAGAGUCUUGAGAACAUUUCGGCCUCCUACCUGGCCUAAGACUGCCUAAUCCUCAUACUUAUCUGGCCCUGUGUCCAGAGGAUACAGGCAUCCACCACCUUAAGUCAACAAUCCCACGAUGACUACCAGUCUACAUUCUUUACUAUUGUCCCGGCAUCUCUCCCGUCGCACCCCAAAUCACUUUCUCAAUUCCAAAGCUGGCAAAACUUUAGCAUCCCUAGAGUUUACAGUCAAAGAAAAUGUGUUUAGGAUCGAGAUUGUCAUUGACGCCCAACAUCCUGUCGCCACCUCAUUAUCGUCCCCGCCCAUUCCUCCCAAACCAAUCUCCUUCUCUUGGCCGCGCCCUGGAAGCGCACGCCCCCCGCCUUUCUGCAGCGGAACCGGCGAUCCGCCUCUCUCUAUAUAAGACAGGGGCGUCGCGUGUAGUCCUCCACAAGCUCCAGGAUGAAUUUCUCUUCGGAUUCCCACUAUUUGGCCUCUUCCUACAGGAAGAUAUUCGGGGAGCCGCCCCGCUAUUCCUCCCGUCUUGGCAGUUCGGCCACAGCCAGCAGUUACCGGUCUCAGUCAGUAUCUCGCUGUAGCAACCGCGCCGUCUCGUAUCGGCUGGCGCAGGCAGACACCUUGGAUCUCAGCCAGGCAACGGCGCUGAAUGACGAAUUUCGGCUGACCCGCACCAACGAGAAGGAGCAACUCCAGGGACUCAACGACCGGUUCGCUGGCUACAUCGAGAAAGUGAGGCAACUGGAGCAGCACAAUCGCCUCCUGGAGGCUGAGCUGAGCGCCCUGCGGCAGCGUCACGCUGAGCCGAGCGGCCUGGCCGAGCUCUUCCAGAACGAGCUCCGCGAGCUGAGGGCCCAACUGGACGAGACGGAGGCCGCCCGGGCGCAGGGAGUGCUCGAAAGGGAGCGGCUGGCCGAGGAAGUGCAGUGUUUACGGGCGCACUGCGAGGAGGAGGCGCGAGCCAAGGCGGAGGCCGAGCAGGCGUUGCGCGCGCAGCAGAGGGAGGUGGAUGGCGCCACCUUGGCACGCCUGGCUCUGGAGAAGAAGGUGGAGGCGCUGCUCGACGAACUGGCCUUCCUGCGCAAGGUCCACGCCGAGGAGGUGGCCGAGCUGAGCGCCUCCUUGCAGCCAACCCCGCUGGCUGCCAUCGAGCCGGACGCCACCAAGGCCGAUCUGACUGCGGCACUGAAGGAGCUGCGCUCGCAGUACGAAGCGUUGGCCGCCAAGAACCUGCAGACGGCCGAGGAGUGGUACCGCGCCAAGUUCGCCAAUCUCAGCGAGCAGGCGGCGCGCAACAACGAGGCCAUCCGAGCCAGUCGCGAGGAGAUCGGCGAGUACCGCCGCCAGCUGCAAGCCCGCACUUUAGAGGUAGAGAGCCUGCGCGGAGCGAAUGAAUCUCUGGAGCGGCAGCUACAUGAGAUGGAGGAGCGGCAUAACGCCGAUGCGCUCGGCUUACAGGAUACUAUUAGCCAGUUAGAAAGUGAUUUGAGAGACACAAAGAAUGAAAUGGCUCGGCAUCUGAGAGAAUACCAAGAUUUACUGAAUGUCAAAAUGGCCUUGGAUAUAGAGAUAGCAGCAUACAGGAAGCUGUUGGAGGGUGAAGAGACACGUUUUAGUACUUCAAGCAUGAGCAUCUCAUCUCUGAAUCCCCUUUCCAACCCUACUUACUCUUUCCAACCCAGGUUCUUUAGUUCAUCUGUAGCCAGCAGCUCCAAAAUGUCAUCCUCUUUCUAUUUUAAGAAAGAUGAGAAAGAGGAUGCUAAAUUAGCCUCAAAAAUUUCAUCAAGCCAGGUAGGAGACCCGUUUGCUGAAAUUACAGAUGAAACCCUAACUUCUGCUAAAAAAACUGAACGAACAAACUUGGAAGAAGGAAAUGCUAUCAAUCAAAAAAUGUAAUCACUGACCUUAAAUACAGAUACACCCAAGGGAUAAUAAUAUAGCUUAAGUCUUUAAAUUGCCCAUACCUGAAUUAAAGUACUUAAUAGCUCACAUCGAUUUAACUUUCUAAUGUUUCACAGUAGAUUAUUUCAAUAGGAGCAUUAUGUUCAAUACUAUCAGAAACACUGAGGCUGAAAGAUUAAUUUAGAAAUACUCUAGUAAAUUUUGUUCACCAACUGCAUUGUUGUAAGCCAGACAUACCUCCCAAAUGAUGAAUUAAAGACAAAAUAAGCAUGUGCAAACACACACAGACACACACUUAUUAAAUCAUGUUUCUCAUUUAUUUCUGCUGAGUACAUCUUUCAAGUUGGGCAAAACCUAGCAAUCACAUUAGUGAAUAAAGAUUAAACUUUGUCUGCCUCAUAAAAUAAAGAAAUUGACAAUUCAAUUAUUUAAUUUCCAGCUAAUGAACUUUACUCCAUUUUAGUCCUUCUGGAGCACAGAGAUAAAAAAUAUAAAUAUUUUAUUUAUUUUGCUUUGUAGUCUAUACACGUCACAAGGAAAUACAAAAUAUCUAGGAAUGUUAGGUAGAAAAUACUAACAAGGUUUAGGAAGAUGAACACCAUGAUAAACUUGGUGCAUCACUGUAUAAAGAAAUUCUAUUAGCACAUUCUACAUUAGCAAGAGACACAUAAUACAUUUUUGAUAUCUACUCACAACUAUUUGCAACAUGUCCGUCUUAAAAAAAAUUCUACAUGCUGUAAUCAAAUAACUAUGAGUCUUAGGAUCCUGGUUAACUAUUAAUUGAAUACACAUCUGAUCAUCUCUGUGAUUAUCUAACAAGUCACUCCACUGUCCAUUUUACCUUGUGCCAUAUUAAUAGUCAGCAAUAUUAAAAGUAGUUGUUGCUUAGAAUCAAUAGUGCCAGCUAUUAAAAAAUGAAAAGAAACAUGUUUUAGAGGCUAACUUUAUAUAAAACAAAUGCACUCCUGUAUAGUCUAGAAGCACAGUACAAAUCCUGAUUCAAAAGUAGCGAUUGCUGCCGCUUCUAUAAGGCACAAUCUGCAACCUAAAACAGGGAUAUAUAUAUGUUGGUUGAUCAUUAGAAAAGGAAUGUAGAUUUAUGCCAGCUGCUUAUUUCUGUAUUAUGGAAAACAAUAUGGCUUCUAUGUAAGUUAUUGAGAUAUGGUUUCUUAAAUAAGGGACUUUUCCUAAAUGUAUUUUCUUAUACAUACAUUCACUAUUGCACAAAUAAAAUACACUAGUAAAUUUUAAUGAUUCUUCUAUAAUUUUGCUCUGACGGGUUAAGGUGAAUGUAAUUGUUCAGCCUUGCCAAUCACAACUGAAAAUCAUAUACAUGCACAAUACACACAAAAACAAUUGAUUUUUUUAAUAAACAAAUGGUGCUGAAAUCUGAUAAAUAAAAAUUCUUAUAUUUCCAACAAAUAGCAGAUUCAGCCCAUGUUUCUGCGGCAAAUAACACAAAAAAAUAAACUUGGUUGGAAGAGACCAACAUAAAAUUUCCUAAACAAAUUUGGGAAUUCUGAUAAAUCAGAUUUCCAACUCCUACCAGAAUUUAACUUCACUAUGUAUCUCUAUCUGAACAUGUGCCAAGUUUUAUAUAAGCAUAUUAUUUUAGAUUUUCUUUGAAUGCCUUAAAAAUUGCCAGCAGCAAAAUUGCUUUCUGCAGAAAUUCAAGACUGUAUUAUUUGAUGUCUUUGCACUGAUUCAUCCUGUCACAAAGUUUCAUAAUACAAACCCAUGUCCUAUCUUGUGUCCCUUGAACUUACACACUUUUCUCCUCUGUAAGGCACAAAUUAAUAAAAAAUGUACCACUUUA